AUUCGACCGGCAGGGCGACCCGCCUGGCAGGUACGACAUCAUGAACUACCAGCAGCUGCCCAACGGCUCCUACGACUACAUCAUGGUGGGCGACUGGAACAACGGCACGCUCACCAUGUCGGCCACCUUGCAGCUCAGCAACCUGUCCGGGGGCUACGUGGAGUCGGUCUGCUCCAAGCCCUGCGAAGCCGGCGCUAAGAAGAGCUUCCAGAAGGGCGGGCAGGAGCAGAAGUGCUGCUGGGUGUGCGUGCCGUGCGACCGCAACUGGAUCCUCGUGGACGACGAGACGUGCGAGGAGUGCGAGAAGGGCACGUGGCCCAACGAGAACCAGACGGAGUGCGAGGAGAUCCCGGUGGAGUUCGUGCGCUGGUCGGACACGCAGGCGAUCGUGGCGAUGGCGUUCUCGGCGCUGGGCUUCGCCAGCACCUUGUUCGCGGCGGCGGUGUUCGUGCGCCACAACGACACGCCCGUGGUGAAGGCGUCGACGCGCGAGCUCUCCUACCUCAUCCUGUGCGGCAUGGCGCUGUCGCACGCGGCCACCUUCGCCGUGCUGGCGCGGCCCGCGCGCCUCUCGUGCUCGCUGGCGCGCACGCUGCCCGGCCUGAGCUUCGCCAUGAUCUACGCCGCGCUACUCGCCAAGACGAACCGCAUCGCGCGCAUCCUCGCCGGCUCCAAGAAGCGCUUCCCCACGCGCAAGCCGCGCUGCAUGUCCGCGUCGGCGCAGGUGCUGAUCGCGUCGGCGCUGAUCGGCGUGGAGGCGGCGGUGACGGCGGCCAUGCUGGUGGUGGAGCCGGCGGACGCGACGCUGCUGUUCCCGACGCUGGAGCGGUCGGUGCUGGCGUGCAACACGUCGCCGCUGGGCGUCCUGGCGCCGCUGGCCUUCGACUUUCUGCUCAUCGCGCUGUGCACGCUCUACGCACUCAAGACGCGCAACGUGCCCGAGAACUUCAACGAGGCCAAGUUCAUCGGCUUCGCCAUGUACACCACGUGCGUCAUCUGGAUCGCCUUCGUGCCGAUAUACUUCGGGAGCGACUCCAAGGUGAUCACCAUGUGCAUGUGCGUGACGCUGAGCGCGCAAGUCACGUUCGUCUUCCUGUUCCUGCCCAAGAUGUACAUCAUCCUGCUGCGGCCGGAGCGCAACAACAGGGCCUUCUUCACCACCACCUCCAAGAUCCGCUGCCACAUCGGCAGCCGCGUCGCGUCGGCGCAGCACUCCAAGCACGGCUCCAACUCCUACUCCAGCCCCGGCUCCGCCAGGGAGGCGGGGUCCCACGAGGCGGCGUGGCGCGCCCCCGACGCCGGGCUCUCUGCAGUACAAUGCCCACCUCUUGCGUAAGUUACCAGCUUACGUAACAAAUCACUAUGACGCAGCGUUCUGGCAAGUCCUUGAAUCGUUUCGGUCGACUCC